AUGUAUAGAAACUUCCUCCUUGCAGUGCUGGCACUGCUUUCUGCAUCUGCUCAUGCCCAUACCACCUUCACGACCCUCUACGUCGAUGGUGAGAACCAAGGUGAUGGAGUGUGUGUGCGCAUGAACCGCGACGCAAGCAAAGCGAGCUUCCCUAUUGAGCCUCUCUCCAGCAAGGACAUUGCAUGUGGCUACGACGGCGAAAAAGCCGUCGCGCGCGUCUGCCCCGCCAAGGCAUCCUCAAUCCUCACCUUCGAAUUCCGCGAAUACGCCGAUGGCUCGCGCCCGGGCUCCAUCGACGGAAGCCACAAGGGGCCCUGCGCCGUGUACAUGAAGAAGGUCGACGACGCGACAGCCGACAACAACGCUGCCGGCGACGGGUGGUUCAAGAUCUGGCAGUCGGACUAUGAUGCAGCUGAGGGCAAAUGGUGCACCGAGAAGAUGAUCGAGAAUAACGGGCAUAUCUCUGUGCAGAUCCCGGCAGAUAUCGAGGGCGGAUACUACCUCGUGCGGCCCGAGUUGCUGGCUCUGCAUGCCUCGCAGGAUAACCCGCCCGAUCCGCAGUUCUACGUUGGCUGCGCGCAGGUGUUUGUGCAGUCGACGGGGACAGCGAAACCGGCCACCGUCCAUAUCGGCGAGGGGACUUAUGAUUUGAGUCUGCCUGGUAUGACCUACAAUAUCUACAAGACGCCGUUGGAGCUGCCGUACCCUAUGUAUGGGCCGCCGGUGUACCAGGCUGGUAAGACUGCGUCUGCCAGUCCUGCCCCUACCAACACUGCUUCUGCCAAUGCUGGUUCCGACCAGGCUGAAUCUGCGCCUGCCCCUGCUGCGUCUGGCAGCACUGGAUCCGAGAAGUCUACCGAUACUGGGUCGGCCAAUACGACGCCUACCAAUGCAGCGUCUGCCAAUACUGAGUCCGGGAAGUCUGCCGAUACGGCGUCUGGCAAUGCCGCAUCCACCAACACCGAAUCCGAGAAAACCGACUCAGCUCCCGCCAAUGUCUGCAAGAACAAGACCAAGAGGAACAAGAACAAGAAGAAGAACAAGAACAAGAAGAAGCGCGCGAUGCUCGUCCAGACCAAAGGCCUCAAGCCAGAAGGCUGUAUCCUCGAACGAGACAACUGGUGCGGAUUUGAAGUGCCCUCGUAUACAGACGAGCAGGGCUGCUGGGCUGUAAGUUCCUCUUCCCCUUCAUUCCUUCAAAGAAUCAAACUGACAGAAACAGUCAUCCAAAAACUGCUGGGAUCAAGCCGACGUAUGCUGGAACACGGCUCUCCCGACCGGCUCAGCACACUGCCAGAUCUGGUCCGACAAAUGCACGGCGCUCGACGAAUCAUGCAGCAACAAGGUGUUCCCUGGUCCGCCAAAUGCAGGCCAGGAUCUCACGCCGAAGAAGGCUUCGUUGGUGGGGUCGAUCAAGAUAUUUGGGCGGGGCGUACGGUCGCAUAUCAAGAGAAGAAGACAUACUCAUGUUUAGCCUUGCGCGUCAAUUUGGAUAUCCACUUAGAAGCUAUUGAAAAAUAA